AUAUAUUCGUACAUACUUACCUGUAUUAUUAUCAUUUGAUGUAAUAUACCAAGAUUACACGAUGUCUUUUCGGCUGUUGUGGAUUUUUUCAAUAAUAAAUACUGUAUGGACGUUUUAUUUGCCGGGUUUGGCACCGGUUAAUUACUGUAAAAUUGGUGAAGGAUCUGAGCUCUGCAAAUCUGAUAUUAAAUUAUAUGUCAAUCGAUUAAAUACAGAAGAGUCGGUUAUACCUUAUGAAUAUUCGUUCUUCGACUUUUGUGUGAGCGACGAUACACAGUCUCCGGUUGAAAACUUGGGUCAGGUUGUGUUUGGCGAAAGAAUAAGGCCAUCGAAUUAUGAACUGACGUUUAUGAAAAAUGUCACCUGUCAAAAAGUUUGUACAAAAUCGUACACCGGAGGUGAUAAAAACUCGGAAGACGAAUUAGACAAAUUGCGUGAAGGAAUCCGGCUGAAUUAUCAACAUCAUUGGAUUGUUGACAAUAUGCCUGUAACAUGGUGCUACCCAUUACCAAAUGUCCCGAGUGACUCAGAAAAAAAACAAUAUUGCAGCACCGGGUUCCCAAUGGGAUGUUUCUUGCAUGAAGCUAGAUCCUCUCAGGAAGGUUGCAAUCCAAACUCAAUGUACGACAAGGCAAACACUCUUUACUUAUACAACCACGUGGACUUGGAAAUAACGUACCACAGUGGAGAAAAAGAAGACUGGGGAGCUGGAUUCCGAGAUAAUGGAGGUCGUAUUAUCGCCGUGAAAGUGACACCUCGUAGUAUCAAGCAUCCACCGAAUGGAGAAGACUGCACUUCAAAGUACCUGCUGGACAUUCCUGCGGAAAAAUUGGGCAAAGACCAAAAGCUAUCAAUCACCUACACCUACUCCGUGAACUAUGUUAAGAACAACACUAUAAAGUGGUCGUCUCGGUGGGACUACAUUCUCGAGUCAAUGCCGCACACAAAUAUCCAGUGGUUCAGUAUUCUCAACUCCCUGGUUAUUGUUUUGUUCUUAUCUGGAAUGGUCGCGAUGAUUAUGCUAAGAACUUUACACAAAGACAUUGCGCGUUACAAUCAGGCUUAUUUUCAGAUUGAGUCUGGUGAAGACGCGCAAGAAGAGUUUGGCUGGAAGCUGGUUCACGGUGAUGUAUUUAGGCCACCAAGAAAAGGAAUGUUGCUUGCUGUUUUUCUUGGCUCAGGUGUUCAAGUAUUUUUCAUGACUCUUGUAACUCUAGCAUUCGCGUGUCUCGGUUUUCUUUCACCGGCAAACCGUGGAGCGUUGAUGACCUGUGCCAUGGUGCUGUAUGUUUGCCUUGGUACACCGGCUGGUUACGUCUCUGCAAGGAUCUACAAGAGUUUCGGUGGUGAGAAAUGGAAGACCAAUGUUUUGCUGACAGCGAUGCUCAGUCCCGGAAUCAUCUUCAGUUUAUUCUUUAUAAUGAAUUUGAUCUUCCGGGCAAAAGGAAGCUCGGCAGCAGUGCCUUUCAGCACACUUGUUGCUCUUCUGGCUCUGUGGUUUGGAGUUUCGGUACCACUAACAUUUGUUGGUGCCUAUUUUGGAUUCAGAAAACGAUCAUUGGAACACCCCGUGAGGACAAAUCAAAUUCCGCGUCAAAUUCCCGAGCAAAGUUUCUACACGCAGGCAAUACCUGGAGUUGUUAUGGGUGGUGUUCUACCAUUUGGCUGCAUAUUUAUCCAAUUAUUCUUUAUUCUCAAUUCUAUAUGGUCAAGUCAAAUGUACUAUAUGUUUGGAUUUCUAUUUUUGGUUUUCUUGAUACUCAUUAUAACAUGCUCAGAAACUACGAUACUUCUCUGUUAUUUCCAUUUAUGUGCCGAGGAUUACCAUUGGUGGUGGAGAAGCUUCUUAACAUCAGGAUUUACAGCAGUCUAUUUAUUAAUUUAUUGUAUUCACUUCUUUGUAAAAAAAUUAAAUAUCGAAGAUGGAACUUCAACAUUUUUAUACUUUGGAUACACUCUAAUAAUGGUAUUUUUGUUCUUCCUUUUGACGGGUUCAAUCGGAUUUCUCGCGUGUUUCUGGUUUGUAAGAAAAAUUUACAGUGUAGUUAAGGUCGAUUGAAAAUAUUUAAGUAUUUAGAAGCCGUGGUAACUUUAAGUUAAACUUGUGAGAAUAAAAUAAAGUCGUUUUCGAAGUUGACAUCAGCUUCAAUUUUGCCAGUAAUUAUAAAAAAAAUUUGUAAUAAAUUAUUAUUAUUAAAUCAGUAUUCAAAUUAUUUUAUUAUAACAUCACUCUUAUAAUAAAUAUAAAUAUAUUUUUUACACGAUAAAUUUUUUACGCGUUUGAAACUGAUGUCAACGACGUUAACGCACAAAUUUGAGUGUUAAAACGAGUGAACGCGUAAAUGGAGUGCGACUUAAUGAUUAAUUAAUUAAUUAAUUUUAUUAAGCUUAAUCUUAACCACUAAAAUUACAAUUAUAAUUUUUUUUUUAUAAUUGACCUUUGAGGUCUGAUAAAUCACGUGUACAAAUU